UGGUCAUCACUCCGCGACUUCCUAGCACCGUGACUGGAGAUAUAAGUUCCAACCCUUCUCAAUCGUAUAAAUAACCCAAGAUGUCCAAGUUUAGCCUGAUCCUGUUGACCGCCCUGUUGGGCUGCCUAGUUUCCGGCGGAGCUGCUGGAAAAAUUCGUGUGGAUAGCAGCGAGAUCCGAGUGGUGAAGGAUAUUCAUGUGUUUGCCAGCCAGCAUCCGGGUCUUCGGAUCCAGGCCCUGGAAAAGGAGAUCGUGCCAGGAAAGGCGCGUGCCGGAAGCCAGACCGUGCGCUACAACCUGGGAGCCCGCAUUCCGAGCGAUCGUCUGGUGGCCCAGACAGCCGACGCCUUCGAAUACCCACAGGCGCAGGAUGUCAGCCUGCAGCUGACAUAUCCGGAGCAGGGCGCUGGCGCCAUCGUGUCCUACGUGGAGCUGCUCUGCACUCAGGACAGCAGCGAAGGCACCGCCUACGUGGUGGCCGGAGGCAUCGGCCUGCGGUUCAUCUCGAUUGUUCUGGAGGCCAGCAACACCAGAAACUUCUCCUACCAGGUCCAGUACUACGGCCAGACGAAUUAGACAUCGAUCUUCGCUCCUUAUUUCCGAGUUCCUUAAAAUGUAUGUCCUUCGACUUUAAUUUGAAAUAUAUGUGCAUACAGGCAGACUAAUGUCGGUCCCAAA